AUGAUUUAUAGUGGAACUGAUCCAUUAACAAUUUUAAUGGGAUUUGCUGAUGGUAGAAUACGUCUUACAAAUGUUAAAAUCAACGAUGUAUUAGAUUUCGAUGACUAUAUUGAAUUUACUAUUCACGACAACGAAACAGGAAGAGUAAAUAUGUUGUGUUUCAGUCAAGACAAAAAUAUGUUAUACACUUGUGGGGAUGAUUGUAACAUUUUUAGUUUUACGUUUCAAUAUAAUAAUUAA